CACCACGUUAUUUGGGAAAAUUUACUCUUUUUUUUUCUUCUUUGAACAAGUGGUGGGUGGUCACCGGGUGGGUGUUCUAGAUAUUGUCUCUUUUUAUACCCAAAGAAAACAGAUUUUUUUUUCUCUCUCUCUACCCCUACUUGGAGGACUUCUAUAUUCUCGUCUUAUCCACAUAGUCUAGAGAGUUUUGUGACUGAGUUGUGGGGUAAAAACCCCUCAUUUUCUGCCUGCCUGAAACAUCGAUCCUAUGUGGAGUUUUCCAAAUCCCCCAUGCUUUUAGAACUCCAGCUUCUCAUUCCCCCUAUAAUGACUCUCUUAAGUCCGGUAAGUCGCAGCAUCCCGUACUCAUCUGUGUUGAAUGACAGAGUGUUAAAUUAUUAUCAAACGUCCCUAUCUGAAACCUCUACCCCCGUUGUGCCCUAAAUCCGGGAUUAAUUAGCCAUUAAACUGAUGAUGCUGGUUCGUUUUCUUUCCAAUCUAGUGUGAUUUUUCCUGCUCUGAUCUUGUUCCAGGGACUGGUAGUUCCAGGGCUGGUGUAAUUGCGCUUCCACAACUCACCCGCGGGGGAUGGCGAAGUCCCCUGGAGCUCCCAAUACUGACCUAUGAUCACUUUCCCUGCGCUGCAUGCCUGGGGCAUAGAGUUGGGUCCUUCUAUGCCACCAGACUCUGAAUGCAAGGCCAAGCAGACGCCAAGAGUACUAAGGGGAAAAGACCUAUCCAACUGUCCCCACCAGGCUAGGGACCUCCUGGAUAGAUUUCUGUGUUAAAUUAACCUCUCCAGGGCUAUUCCUGGCGCUUUCAGCGCCGGUGCGAAUCCCUUCUGUUUCGUAAUCCCUUCCAAGAUCAAGGGUCCGAGCUAGCUAAGGACUCUGCACUAAUCAGGGGAAGGAAGAUUGAGGAAAGAGCCUGUCUGUCUUGGAAAGACUGGUCCCACACUUGCUGUUUGAAUACAUUAUUUUUCCUGCUGGGGGCUUGGGCAGGGGCAGUGUCUGCUGAAGGCUACCGCCAUCUCUGCUGUCAUCUUGGUGUUUCUCUUCAGAAGUCCUCGAGAUGACUCUAUAUAUUCUCCUUAGAUCAGAAUCUCCAUUCAUGCCCGGUUCUCUCCUGGAUAUUUGUCAGUUGCGCUUUGAGUUUGGAGAACAGACAGGCUAAACAUAAGUGUUUUUUAGUAGCCUUUGUGUAUAUAAAGGACGGGGAAGAGUGGCAAGCUCUCUUGAACCUCAGCGGUGUCUGCCAAUGUGUGCGAAUGAAUGUGUCUGGGUGCGUUUUGGGUGGAUCCUUGUGUGGCUUGGGAGACAAAUCGGGCGUUUCUCCAAGUAGUCUUACCAGGAUUUAAGCGCUGAAAUCCAUGAAGGUAGCAGACACAACAGCGAUGUAAGGAAAUAAAAACAAUUGGGGAAGUGGUGCCAAGUGACUCAGACUUUGAACUGAGGACAAGGAGUGCGGUCGCGCCUGGGGUUCGUCCGGAAAUCAUCUCCAGCGGGUUCCAGGCAACGCCCUUGCCAAAGUCGUCAGCCCAGAAUGUUGAGAAGAUCCCCAGGGAGUUGGUCCAGGAUGAGCUUUCAACUUGCAAAUUGCUUUUCCUGGGGCCCUACCCACAGCGCGCCUCAUUGCAGCCUAAUGCUUGGUGCGGGCUUGUUCUCCCUCUUCUGUUAGUAUUCCGCCCCUCUCCAGACUAGUUAAAACACGAUCACAACUUGCUGGAGACUCUGGGCAGCAGUGAAUGGAGGAACAAAUCAGGCCACCACCCCCUUGCCAAAAAGAGAGGAAAAAGAUCAAAUGAAAGAGACUUGUCUCAGAUUUCUUAGAUUACUCUUUAACCUUUUGCAAAGGGAAUCCCAAGUGGGAAAGGUGUGCCGAUUGAACGUUUUGACUACACAGCCCGUUUUCAUAGUCUUUGCAGCAGACGUUGUCGGUUGUCCAUCGUAAUUUAGAGAGACAACUCAUCUACUGAACAUCACUCUUGCCAGGAGCAGCCAGGGUGACAGGGGAAAGUGGAUGUGCUUAAAUAUGAUGCCAAACUCUAAUUCCUCCAAUUAAAGUUUAUGGAAGAAAGCUUGACUAGCAGACCUUUGACGCGCUGGGGUUGCCGCACAACCCCAAUGUUGCCUGCGAGGGAAAUAACGCCAUUUUGGUUGAGAGACUUGCUAUAUUUUUACCCUGUAAUGUUAAGUUUCGAUCAUUUCUGAGUCUAAGUAACUGCUCCUCUGGCUUACACGUCCAGCAGCCGAACUACAGGGAAGGGUACUUCACCAUUCAGAGAAGCUGAGGGUAGGGAGGACGCCUGAGGCUUAAGGAUAGAGAGAGACGCGGAGCUGGGUCAAGUUGGCAUUCCUGGGGUAGCCGGGUACACCUAACUCUCUCCAGGGAAGACAGGGUUAAAAGCCCCAUCUGACUUUGCCUCUUGGAAAGCUUAGGUUUGCGGCGGCUCCUCCCAAGCAUUCUUUAAACCAGAGAAGUGGGAGGGACUCGGCUUGGGAGGGAGGAGAAGAGGGAGGCCAAGUAAGAGGACUCCAAGAGGGGAGCGCGCCAGAGCACGAGGGACCGAGGGAGAGGAGGGGCGCGCAAGCUGCAAAGCCGGUCCCGCGAAUUCAUUACAGUAAACAUCUCCCGGGAGUGUCAAGAGGGGUGGGGGUGGGGACCUUGGCGUCUACAUUAGCGGCCGGGUCCGAUCUAGGCAGCAGUGUGACUGGAGCAGCUUCCAGACCCGCGCCCCGCAGAGGCUGCACUUGGAGUCAGCCCCGCGCCCGCCCCCGCGCAGCCAGCCGGAGCUGCACGCCCUGCUGCGCGUGGUCCGCACACUCGCCGCGACCGAGCGCCCGCCCAGUUCUCCCAGGACCCAGUUCGCCCGCGGUCCUCUGUCUCCCAGCAGUCCCGGACUCAGUCGGGACGCUCUCCUCCGCCCUCCUAGAACGCCCUACUUUUGGGGGAUUUCGAGGGGGGAGAGGGGGAGACGAAAGAGCAGAGGAGACCGGAGCUGCGGCUACCCGAGCCUAGAUAAAGUGGCAUGCCUGACCCCCUGGAGGCGGAGGUGGCGGAGGACGGGGGAAGACGAUGCCGCGGCUCCGUAGGGGAUGUAGGCGACCGCGAGCAAGGCAAGCCGAGCGCUCAGGCUCCCGCAAGCUGCCGGGAGGCGCGCACCGCUCUGAGGCUCUGGCCUCAGCUUCUAGGAGCUCCGACACAGCCAGAGACCUUGCUGGGUUGCAGCCGCCGCCGCCGCCACCACCUGGAGGACCCAGCAAAAGUUUGGAUCUGGGGGAGGGCGCUGCUCUGAGCGGGAUUACCAGCAGGGCUGGAGGGAGAUCUGGAAAACCUUAGCAGAUUGAAGACUCUGCUUAACCAAGGAAUCCCUAGGUUCUUCUAUGCUGGCCUGACAUACUAUAGAAGAAGCAAGAUUGUCCUUCCUGGCUGGACUUCUGUUGGCAGUACUUAUCACUUGGCAUUACUCUUUGCUUGUGUGGAAAAUUCUCCCUGUUGAAUUGUUUUACACAUGGAGGACCACUACAUGAGGGCAACAUAGGCAGAACAGACUAAAGACAUCGGAAAGAUUGUUUUACCAUCUGCCUUCAGGUCAUUUCUUCCAACAGAAGUUCUGCACUUUGACAGAACCUGGUCUGGUCAUUUUGCUUUUGCUUUUUGUUUUUGCUAUUGUUUGCUGUUGCUUUUGUUUUAAUUUUCACCCUCCCCUCCAUCACAUUGCAUUUUAUUUCUGUCCUUCAGCAAUGGGCCUGCAGACUACAAAGUGGCCCAGCCACAGGGCUUUUUUCCUAAAAAUUUGGCUUAUCAUUUCCCUGGGGCUAUACUCACAAGUGUCAAAACUCCUGGCCUGCCCUAGUGUAUGCCGUUGUGACAGGAACUUUGUCUACUGUAAUGAGCGAAGCUUGACCUCAGUGCCUCUUGGGAUCCCGGAGGGCGUAACCGUACUCUACCUCCACAACAACCAAAUUAAUAAUGCUGGAUUUCCUGCAGAGCUGCACAAUGUACAGUCAGUGCACACGGUCUACCUUUAUGGCAACCAACUGGAUGAAUUCCCCAUGAACCUGCCCAAGAACGUCAGGGUCCUCCAUCUGCAGGAAAACAACAUUCAGACCAUCUCUCGCGCUGCUCUCGCCCAGCUCCUGAAGCUGGAAGAACUACACCUAGACGACAACUCCAUAUCUACAGUGGGGGUGGAGGACGGAGCUUUCCGAGAGGCCAUCAGCCUCAAACUGUUGUUUUUAUCAAAGAAUCACCUGAGCAGCGUGCCUGUUGGACUUCCUGUAGACUUGCAAGAGCUGAGAGUGGACGAAAACCGAAUUGCAGUCAUAUCAGACAUGGCCUUUCAGAACCUCACUAGCUUGGAGCGUCUGAUUGUGGAUGGGAAUCUCCUGACCAACAAGGGCAUUGCUGAGGGCACCUUCAGCCAUCUCACCAAGCUCAAGGAAUUUUCCAUAGUCCGGAACUCGCUCUCCCACCCACCUCCUGACCUCCCAGGUACGCAUCUGGUCAGACUCUACUUGCAAGAUAACCAGAUAAACCACAUCCCACUGACAGCCUUUUCCAACCUCCGUAAGCUGGAACGGCUAGAUAUCUCCAACAAUCAGCUACGAAUGUUAACUCAAGGGGUCUUCGAUCAUCUCUCCAACCUGAAACAGCUCACUGCUCGGAAUAAUCCUUGGUUUUGUGACUGCAGUAUUAAGUGGGUUACAGAAUGGCUCAAAUAUAUCCCGUCUUCUCUCAAUGUGCGGGGUUUCAUGUGCCAAGGUCCUGAGCAAGUCAGGGGCAUGGCUGUCAGGGAGCUGAAUAUGAAUCUUUUAUCUUGUCCCACCACAACUCCUGGCCUACCUGUCUUCACGCCAGCUCCAAGUACACUUUCUCCAACAACUCAGUCUCCUACUCUUUCUGUUCCAAGCCCCAGCAGAGGCUCUGUGCCUCCAGCUCCUACCCCAUCAAAACUUCCCACCAUCCCUGACUGGGAUGGCAGAGAAAGAGUGACCCCGCCUAUUUCUGAGAGGAUCCAACUUUCCAUCCAUUUUGUUAAUGAUACUUCGAUUCAAGUCGGCUGGCUGUCUCUCUUUACUGUGAUGGCAUACAAACUGACAUGGGUGAAAAUGGGCCACAGUCUCGUAGGGGGCAUUGUUCAAGAACGAAUUGUCAGUGGUGAGAAGCAGCACCUGAGUUUGGUUAAUUUAGAGCCCAGAUCCACCUAUCGGAUUUGUUUAGUGCCACUGGAUGCAUUCAACUACCGCACUGUGGAAGAUACCAUCUGUUCUGAGGCCACUACCCAUGCCUCUUAUUUGAACAAUGGCAGCAACACUGCUUCCAGCCAUGAGCAAACAACUUCCCACAGCAUAGGCUCCCCUUUCCUGCUCGCAGGGUUAAUUGGGGGUGCGGUGAUUUUUGUGCUCGUGGUUUUGCUCAGCGUUUUUUGCUGGCACAUGCACAAAAAGGGACGAUACACCUCCCAGAAAUGGAAAUACAACAGGGGUCGACGGAAAGAUGACUAUUGCGAGGCAGGCACCAAAAAAGACAACUCCAUCCUGGAGAUGACGGAAACCAGUUUUCAGAUCGUCUCCUUAAAUAACGAUCAGCUUCUUAAAGGAGAUUUCAGACUGCAGCCCAUUUACACCCCAAAUGGGGGCAUUAAUUACACAGACUGCCACAUCCCCAACAACAUGCGAUACUGCAACAGCAGUGUGCCAGAUCUGGAGCACUGCCACACGUAACAGCCAGAGGUCCCACGUUAGACAGGUGGACAACCAAGCUCUCAAGAACACACAUGUGUGUGCACAUAGAGACACGCAAAUUACAUUUGAUAAAUGUUACCCAGAUGCAUUUGUGCAUUUGCAUACUCUGUAAUUUAUACGGUGUACUAUAUAAUGGGAUUUAAAAAAAAGUGCUAUCUUUUCUAUUUCAAGUUAAUUACAAACAGUUUUGUAACUCUUUGCUUUUUAAAAUUAAAAAAAUGUUGCUGAAGUACUGUACUGGGUUGUACAAUGAGAACCCAAUGCCAAGGCAGAAGAAUGAGUGAUUCAUACUUAAGAUGCAUAUUAACCACUUUGCUGUUGAAGCUGUCAGAAUAAAUCCCUUCUCUAGAGCUGAUAGUCAUAUGAAAGGAUAGAUUCAGAUGGGCUCAUCAGGGUAAGACGGAUUGUUUGAGUAAAGAGAGAAUGGCCUAAUUAUUUCUAUGUUUUCUAUACCUCCUGACCUGGAAGAAACACUGUUUGAAAAAUCCAUAAUAUAAUAAUAGAGGUAGUUAUUCCAAUUUGACCCAGUGCAAGAAAUAGAACAUCACAAGGAAGCUAGUUCCCAUGAGAUAAGUUAGGCCUACUUGACCAAAUGAAAGAAACUGAGAGAUCUGAAAUGUCCUUAAAACCCCAGGGUUGGCUUUCUGACUGUGAACUUCAACAUCACUCUUCAUGCUUCCCUGGCCUUGUGUGAUAACAGAGUUGGAAACCUGAGUCUGAUUCUAGUCAUCUUCAGGGACCAAUAUGAUCAAUCUUAGCAAGAAAAUUUCCCUCAAAACUGUCACUAUUCAAAUCACAUGUCAGGUUGAAUCCUAUCCAACAGAGUUAUAUUCUAGAAUAAUUUUUUAGAAGAGGCUAAUAAAAAUAAUGGGAAGAAUUAUAUUGAAUGGAAUUAUUUUUGAUAAUGAAAACUAUUUGGGUAGAUUCACUGAGGCUAUAUCAACAUGGUGUUUAGACCAACAAAGAACAGUGUUUGGAAUAUUUUACAAUAAUGUGUUUAUUUAAAAAUUACCAAUACCACUUAGAAAAACAAAUAAGUGAUUCUCUUACACUGUGUCAGCUGACUUUGUAUCAUGUUGAAAUAGCUUGAAUUAAUACCUAUACCCCCUCUCAAAUUCUUGUCUUCCAAUCAUCUUUCAUAUAUUUUUUGUGAUUAUGUUGUAUAUGUCACCUGUAUUUCCCUCUCUGCUUGGUAUUUCAAGGAAAAUUAUGAACAAAAAUACUGGUUGCACAAAAUAUCCCUGUGCAUUUCUGUAUAAUAAAUCCAUAUUACCAUUCAUUGCCAAUGAUUCUGUGAAGACACCAAAACUGGCCAAACAAUGCACAUUGUUAAAAAGCAAUACUAUGUUUCCAUUUUGAAUUAACUUUGAUUCUUUCCCACAUUCAAAAUUCUAUUUGUUCAUUUUUAGAUUGUGGAUGUUCCUCUAUUUUGCUAAUUAUAGGGUGAUAAUCUUAUGCUAAAAGACUACCAUUGAAAAUGAAUAAGUCAGAGAAGGCAAGGUUUCUCUAUCCAUGGCAGAGAACAGCCAAUACCAGAGAGUAGACGAAAGUGGGAUAUCCAUUAUUGAUACUAGAUAUUUUUUGAAGCAAGUCUAUUUUAAAACACGCAUAAUUUACCCUAAUUUUUGUCAUCCCUUAGGUGUAGAAGGGCUAUAGACCACAUACAUUGUGUAAAGAAAUUUACCCUUGGGGAAUUUUUUUCAAAGCCACAUUUAGGCAUUUCAUUCUGUGUUCCUUUACAGUCAUCCAUCACUUUAGGGACUCAUGAAGUAAAUGUCAUACUUUCUUGCUUUGUCUUUCUCUCUAAGCAAAAUAAAACUGUGAUGUGUCUUCUUGUAAAAGUUUAGGUAUAAAAUGCUAUGCAAGCUUUUCUUUAUAGCAAGAGCUUUAUUUUCUUUAAUAAUAUACCCCGACUUAUAUGUUUUAAUCGCCCUCAUCCCUCAGAAUAAGCAGAAAAUAUAACUGCAGUGAUAAUGUUGUAGACACAAGCAUUGAAACUGUGCAGUCAGUAGAGCUGAACAUAGUUAUGAAUUAAUUUAAUUCUAAAGUGACUCGGGUUUCCUCUUUAGUCUAUUAGCUAGAGGGUCUGGGCUGUUGGUUUCUGUAAAAGUAGGUUCACACAGUGGAAGGAAUAAGGCCAUCUGGAAUGGUGAUCUGUGUAGCAAGUUACAUCAUCUAAAAUCAGGACAGUGACAUGGAGCUCUGUGUAUUAGCUGAAUGUUUCCUUUUCAUUGUCCAUUUACAUUUCACUAUAAGUAAAACUGUGUGCUGAAAAAUAUAAUGGUACUUUGAUUUUUUUGAGGAUUUUUAUUUUGUUAUAAACAAGAUAAUCAUUUUUAUCUGUUUGUAUUGUAUGUUUCACUCCCAGUGGAAUUUUUGGCCAUGGAAAUGUCUUUUCUUUGUCCCUGGAGAAAGAGCAGAGAGGUUCCCAAAAAUGUAUGGCAUCCACAACACUACUGAGAGUUAAAGUGGUAAUUUAGAGGCCGAGUCAUGUAAUAUGGUUAAGAUGCUUUCAAUAUUUCCCUGGUAGAAGGUGUUUCUGGAAAAAGGGAAUCUUUAUUUUGAUCUUAUGAGCAACACAGCAAAGACAUCUACCAUGAAAAUCAGACUACAAUCUGUAAAAGUAUGCUUGAAGGACUCCUACAUCGUAGUCAAAAUCAAAUCAUAUAAUCUGUACUAGCUUGUGAAACUUAAAACAACAACAACAACAACAAAAAACACAUGAGCAGCAAUCCUUACUGAAUGUCAUUUUGACUGACAGCUUUCAUCAGGAAACUGCCCUGCAGUUAUAUUUCCCCUGUGUUUGCCCCUGUCUCAGCCUCAUCAAUAUUUAUUUUGAGGUGAUUAGUUAAGAGUCAAAGGUAAGUUGAUCUCAGUGUCACAGCCUGUCAGUACAAUAACUGUACCUAUACAGAGAACAUUGUGAAAGGAAAAGGAGAGCCUGGUCACACAAAUGUUAUCAGUAGCUAAACAGAGUGGUCACCUAUACCUACCUCCUUGCUUGUAGAGAUAAAAAUUACCCUAGGGAGACCUUGGGUUUCAUGUAAACACUCUCACAUGCCUUGACUUGGCAAUAUAACACUUGGGACAAUCACAGCGGACAUAAGAAGGGAGUUUCCAUGUUUAUGAUAUAAGUAGAAAAAUCUUUCCUUGUGAGAAAUAAUGCUUUUCCUAAUUUUUCAGAUAGUUGUUGAAACAAUAUUAGAUAUUUUCUCUCAAGGGUUAAAAACAAAAACUAUAAUGUGAUCUUUUAGGGAAAAAUAAUAAUGGCAUCGCUAAUAUUGCACCUCUGUUUCUUAAUAAAGGAGGUCACAAUGGUCUUAGUCAUGCCACAUAGCCAGAGCUUCCUUCUCCCCUGGAGGAAACAUAGCUCUUCAUGUUAGGGGAGCUUCCAUUCCAAACACAAGGCACCAUUGUUUUCUUCAGAGGCAAGUGCCACACUGGAUCAACAAACUUCAGCUCUAGCAUCCCCUGUGGCUUUUGACAGUGAAGUGGUUAAUUUUCAUUGAUGUCUUUGUUUAUAGCAUUUAUCUCUGACCUAUCUAAAGGGAACUUUAGUUGUUGCUUUAGAAACUAGGGAUAACACAUAUGUUCAUAACUUGUUCUUCCCACUGAAUGGGAAAGCAACACAGAAGAGUGCCCAACAAGAAAAUGAUAUACACACAAAACAACAACUCUCAAUUCUGAAUCUUGUCAAACUUAGCUUCUUUUCUUUUUUAAAGUUAAAAUAAGUAAUGAUAGAAAACUGUAUCUAUAUCCUCCAGUUUCAUCAAUGGGAUUGGAAUAAUUGCUGGCAAUGAGGAUGCUUUUCACUGAUUGUGGGGAAAACAUUUUGUACACAGUAUGAUACUGUUUUAGCAAACCAGGUUUUGUUAUAGUGUUUGGUUUUCUAGGUACACAUCCACCAGAAGAGCACAAACCAAGGCCAUUGCAACAGGCAUUUUUAAAUUAAUAUAAAACAUGCAAAUCCAUGCAUACGUAUACAUGGGGUGUUUGUAAAGGUGUCUGUGGGAUGUGAGAUUUGUAACCAGUUAUGGCAACAUGAGGCAUCACCAAUGUAUGCCCUCAUAUGAUAAUAUUUACUGAACGUUAACUUUGAUGAUCUGUUACUGUUUGAAACAUGUUCAUUUGAUUCUGGUUUGUGUUUAGUGUGUUUCUCUGACAAGGGACUGCAAGGGGCUGGAAGAUUCUGUGUCAUGCACCCUCUGAGACCUACCAUGUUGCACACUUUGUUAACUUCAAACUUCACUCUACACUAUACAGUACCUUGUUGAUAUAUUCAGUAAAGGCUUAUUUUAAAAGAAAA